AGACAUUCUCGCAAAUUCGAUCAGGCUCAUGACUCCGUGCCUGCUAGUCCCUUGGUUUAAAUGGACCCGCCGUUCCUGUUCAUUUGGAUAUUCUCCAGAUUUUCGCCACGCUUAUUUCCCUCCUGCGCCAUGAUCACACCCUCUUGGGCGUCUCUCGCCCUGUUAAUUCCUGCAGUCCUUGCUCAAUCCACGACAUCUACAUCCACCACCUCUGCUGCAACACCCAGUUGCACGGCCUCACUCAUCACCAAGCUAUGCAGCUACCCCGAGCCUGGCCCUGAAUUCGCCGUCGCCAGCGAGAGCAGAGCGUCCUGCUGGAGGUUCUGCGACGCCCAUCCCCCCUGCGACUUUGUCAUCUUCAGUCCAGGCAACCCAACCCUAGGAUCCGGUACCUGCUGGCUAUACCCAGGCCAAUCCUUCGACGAGAGUAAAGGCGACUCAGACUGCGGCAGUCCCUAUCUCGAUGUCUACGACAAACCCGAAUGUACUGGCAGCCCAACCACUACCACUACCGGCACCGCAUGCACCGCCACCGAGACCCCCUCCGCAAUUGCCUCGGUGUGCGGGUAUCCAACACCCCCAGGGGACUGCUUCGACGGGUGCACUGCCAGUUUAGGCGCGACAAACUGUCUAAGUCAGUGCGCAAACUCCGAUUCCUGUAGUUAUGUUGUCUUUAACCCGCAUAACCCGAGCAACUCGCCUUAUGCCUCGGGGACUUGCUGGAUGUAUCCGAGUGGGGAGUUUAACCCGGACAAGGCGGAGGAUUGUUCUGGGGAUCCGGAGCAGUUUGUUUAUGAGAAUUCGUGUCCUAAGCCGGUGACUUCCCCGUCGUCGUCUUCUGCUUCUGUUACGCCAUCUGCUUCGUCGUCGACGGAGAGUCCCGGUGGUACGGGGGUUACGGCCGCUGCUACAGAGGAAUCUGCCACUGAGGAGAAUUCUGCGUCUGGGGGUCUUGAUACCGGGACGGGUCUAUUGGGGGUAGCCGCGGCUGGAUUAAUAUGGCGCGCUGUUUAAUGAUACUCCUGUAUAUAGACGUCUUUUGGUCACCCAGAUUAUUAGACUUGAUAUAAUAUUGUAUGGUUAGUAUGGAUCAUAGGACCAAUAUCUGAAUGUUUGUUCCACCAUAUUUCUCGUGUUUACUCCUUCCACGUGAGGAUCAUCAUUGAACAACACACUACUUACCGCCAGG